AUGUCAAACAGCAACACAACACAGGAGUCUCUGGAAAUAAUGAAGGAGUCUGAAAAAAAGGUGGUUGAGGAGUCUGUGAACAAAACCAAAUAUGUAUCCAGGUCACCAAGCAAGGAGGAAGCAGAGAAGGAUGGGGGGGAGGAGGUCAGCGUGCGCCAGGAAUCUCAGAGGCGAACUUCCAGUCAUGGACAUGCCAGAAAAAGAGCCAAGUCUAAUUCAAAACUUAAACUGGUCAGGAGUUUGGCUGUAUGUGAAGAAUCGUCUAGUCCCUUUGUAGAUGGGCUGCUGGAGUCCCAGGACAUCAUUCAGUUGCACAUUAGCUGCCCCUCUGACAAGGAAGAGGAAAAGUCCACGAAAGAUGGGGCUGAGAAAGAAGAAAAAGACAAGAAUAAAGAAAAGGCACCAAGGAGAAUGCUGUCUCGAGAUUCCAGCCAGGAAUAUACAGACUCCACUGGAAUAGAUUUGCAUGAAUUUUUAGUAAAUACACUGAAAAAAAACCCACGGGACAGAAUGAUGCUACUGAAGUUAGAACAGGAGAUUCUGGAGUUUAUUAGUGAUAACAAUAAUCAGUUUAAGAAGUUCCCUCAGAUGACCUCAUACCACAGGAUGCUGCUGCACCGGGUAGCUGCCUACUUCGGCAUGGACCAUAAUGUUGACCAAACUGGAAAGGCGGUCAUUAUCAACAAGACCAGUAACACACGAAUCCCUGAGCAGAGGUUCUCUGAGCACAUCAAAGAUGAGAAGAAUGCAGAGUUUCCACAGAGGUUUAUCCUAAAACGAGAUGAUACCAGCAUGGACCGAGAUGAUAAUCAGACUGGCCAGAAUGGUUAUCUCACCGACGGCAGAAUCUCCAAAGAAGGCUUUUCUUCUAGUUCUCACAAACGGAGGCAGAUUUUUAGGGGCAACCGGGACAGUUUGAACCGGGCCUCAGGCAGCCGCCAGAGCAGCACAGAGAGCGAGAUAAAGUCGCUGGAGCCUCGGCCGUGGAGCAGCACAGACUCAGAUGGCUCCAUCCGCAACCUGCGACCACCUGUUACCAAAGCCAGCAGCUUCAGUGGCAUCUCCAUCCUGACACGGGGGGACAGCAUUGGGAGUAGCAAAGGCAGCACUGCCAGCAGAACGUCCCGGGCAGGUUUGGUACUAGGUGCCCCUGAAGCAUGCAGCCAAUCCCCUUCUGCACAGCCCAGCCGUGGCCUUCUACCCUGCACAGCCCAGCAGCCUCAACCGCAGCCACCCCAACAGCCACCACCCCAGCCCCAAGGACUUCCACCUGCAGCCCAGCAGCAGCCAGCCAUGAGUAACCACAUGAUAUCCCAGGCCGAUGAACUCAGCAACCCCUUUGGGCAGAUCAGCCUCAGCCGACAGGGCUCUACAGAAGCACCGGAUCCUUCCUCAGCUAUGUUCCAGUCAUCCCUCAUCACCCAGCAUCCUCAGCAGACAGGAUUCAUCAUGGCAACCCCUGGGCAGCCCAUUCCCACCUCCAACUACUCCGCCUCAGGGCACACAGCCCCCACACAGCAGGUGCUGCAGCCCCAGGGCUACAUUCAGCCUCCCCAGCAAAUUCAGGUUUCUUACUACCCUCCUGGGCAGUACCCGAACUCCAGCCAGCAAUACCGAUCUCUCAGUCACCCAGUGGCCUACAGCUCCCAGCGCACUCAGCAGCUCCCCCAGCAGUCCCAGCAGCCUGGUUUACAGCCAAUGAUGUCCAACCAGCAGCAAACAUACCAAGGUGUAAUGGGAGUGCAGCAGGCGCAGCCCCCUGGCCUUCUCAGCAGCCAGAGGAGCAGUAUGGGGAGCCAGAUGCAAGGCCUGAUGGUCCAGUACACUCCACUGCCUUCGUACCAGGUUCCUGUGGCCAAUGAGUCCCAGAGCGUGGUCCAGCAGCCCUUCCAGCAGCCAGUGCUUGUACCAGCCAGCCAGUCUGUUCAGGGGGGGCUUCAGGCUGGAGGGGUACCCAUCUACUACAGCGUCAUCCCAACCGCCCAGCAGAACGGCACAAGCCCUUCGGUGGGGUUCCUUCAGCCACCUGGCUCUGAACAGUAUCAGAUGCCACAGUCCCCAUCACCCUGCAGCCCACCACAGAUGCAGCAGCAGUAUUCAGGGCAGAAGCCAGGAGACCUGUACAACCCAGACACCAGUGCUCAGGCCAGCACGCAGCUGAACAGCCCCAUCACGUCCCCCACCCAAUCCCCGACGCCGUCUCCUGUCACCAACCUCAACAGUGUCUGCACGGGGCUGAGCCCUCUCCCUGUCCUCACACAGUUCCCCCGGCCCAUGGGCCCAGCACAAGGUGAUGGGCGCUACUCAUUGCUGGGCCAGCCACUGCAGUAUAAUCUGUCUAUCUGUCCCCCACCGCUGCUCCACAACCAGCCCAACUACAAUGCACACCAGGGGCAGACUGGAAUGAAACAUGGAAACCGGAGCAAGAGACAGGCCCUCAAGUCAGCAUCCACUGACCUUGGGACAAGUGAUGUAGUGCUGGGCCGAGUGCUGGAGGUGACAGACCUGCCCGAGGGCAUCACGCGGACAGAGGCUGACAAGCUCUUCACCCAACUCGCCAUGGCUGGUGCCAAAAUCCAGUGGCUCAAAGAGACUCAGGGGCGCCGUGGAGAUGGAGGUGGCGGGGACAACAACGGGACUCCAGAGAACGGCAGGCACAGUGACCUCGCUGCCUUAUACACCAUCGUGGCCGUGUUCCCCAGCCCACUGGCUGCCCAGAAUGCCUCCCUCCGCCUCAACAACUCCCUCAGCCGCUUCAAGCUGCGUGUGGCCAAAAAGAACUACGACUUGCGGGUGCUGGAGCGUGCCAGCUCACAGUAG